AUGACUGUGGCAACUGCCUCAAAAACCCGAAAGCCCAAAACUAAUAACUUUACCUCGAUUUUGGACCUGUUCUUAGAAAAAUAUAACUUGUCCGCUGAAUCUAAUCCAUCACAAUUACGUGUAUAUGCUAGUGAACUUGGUGACAUGUUACCAGAUUGGAAAGCUCGCAAAAGUGUGAAAGAAGCUCUUCGCCGACGCUUAUUCAAAGAAGACCAGAUCAAGGCUCUUGUACUGGAUAAAAGGAAUGAAAAACUUACUAUCAAAGAGAGAGCUCAAUACUGUGCGAAAUCUGGAGAUCCAUAUGAUAUUUACUUACAUGCUUUAGAUUUAAUCAAGACAAAAAAUGACAGUGAUGAAGAAAUUGUCGCAUCCAGCUCACGUCUUACAUUAUUUCGUAAGGAAUUGAAAGAAGCUGGAGUUGAUUCUAAACUAAUUGAUAAAUAUGCUAAAUUUUCAGAUCUUACUCAAGCAUCUAACGAAAUUCAGAAGAAGCAACUUGUACAGCGAUUACCUAAUUCGCCAAAAACCCCUAAACACUUCUCCUUAGAGAUGUCUCAAAUCAAUGUUUCGGACAUAUUACCUUUAUUAUCCUUGAUCGCCAUUCUCACAUGGUUUUCUAUCAAGAAUUAUUUUAAUGAAAAAAAUGCCCAUGAUGUUGAUAUCUUAAAUGUUAUCAAGCGACAAGUUACCGAAGAAAUCAUCUUAUACGAUUCUAAACUUGCUGAAGGCAUCGCUAAGCUGAACACCGAAUUUAACACGCCUCACUUCAGAACUUAA